AGAAAAGGAACUGCUUCUUUUGGGACUUGAAAGCUCUCGGAUAUAAAGACAAACAGCCACACUGGAACUACCCUCCACCUCAAGGACCUGAAGGCGUAAUUCUCAGUCUACACCGAUAGGGGGAAACUUUCAUUUCUUCAUCUCAAAAAGUAUGGCGGUGUACAGAAGGAAAUUGUUUGCUGUUGGAUUGAGCUGGGCAUCUUCUUUGAUGAGCAGAAGCUUCAGUCAGAGGAGCCGCAGACUGGCUGUGCUGCCCACUCUCCUCAGAAACAACUGGAAGACUUUGAGUGUCACAGGUGGUCUGUGUGCUGUUCCUUUCAUCCAGAAACCAGACAAUCUGUCUAAUGAAGAUCGGGUUCUGAGAGCAUCAUUUCUGAUCACAAACAGUGCUAAAACGUACCUCUCACAAACGACUUUAGUACUGCUUGAUUCCAUAUCAAAUUAUGUUAAGGCUAUGAGGAAACUUGUAACAUUACAAAAGCACUAUGAGGAUUCCAUCGACAGAUUAUCAUCUGUGGAUGAGGAUAAAAUCUGGCAGCUCAUUCUUAGGAAUCGUCAGGAGGUAAUUGACAGGAGAAAGGAUUGCAAAAAAUUUGAAUCCUGCUGGAAGACGGCAAUCAAUCUCGCAGAGCUGGCAGCAAAGGCAGCUUUCAAUGCUGGGGCUGACCAAGCUUCUGUGACCACAAAGGACAGUGUAGAGCUCGCAAAGUCUCAGGUGGAAGAAUUACAACAGAUGAUGCUGAUAACUGAGAGACAACUCAAAGACUCUGAGGCUGAGGAAAGUGAGAGGCUUUAAAAUGCUCUCAGCAGUGCAGUAAAGGAUGAAGAUGUCCCAGAUGCAUAUUUACGAGAGGACUACACAGAGACCUACAAUACAGCUUUAAAGUAUCUUAAGCACUCUGAUACAAAGACCUGUACUACCACUACUGAAGCACUUAAUUGUAUUUUUGUUUGAUUAAUAGGGCAAAUGCUGUGAAAUGUGGGAGACUCUAUGGUGCAGCCAGGAGAAUUUAUAUAAAUUAAGUAGCAAAUACAAAACUAUGAGGGUAGGAAAAGGGAAUUGGUAGAUAAAUACAUUCUAGAUCAGGGGCUUAACAUUUGCUUGUGAUUUUCAAAUGCAAUUACAAUGUAAUUAAAUAGAUUUAAAUUCAAACCAGAAUCUUCUAUUUUGCUCUAUAUUGACAAUGUGUUUGAUUCAUAAUUCCAGACAGAUGCUACCUUUGUGAUUUCUCAUGAAUUUUUUUAAUAAACAGUCUCUCGUCAGUCUGGUUUUUCAGAGCCAGCCUUCCAAA